AUGGGCGAGAUCGGUACAAAUCUGCUCCUGCAGAGGAUAGCUGAACAAGCCCGCGAACAGAGCACGAUACGCGACGCAGCACUGGAGAAUAAAUUUCGAAAGCUGCCCAAUCCAACGUCGCCCAGAAACGACAAACUGGUGCACAACCGGUCGUCAAAGGAGCUGAGGGAGGAUCAGAUGCAGGUUUUAAGGCACGAAGCUUCAUUCAACACGACUGACGCCAAAACUAUUAACAUGAUUGCAGCAGUGGAAUCAAUCCUUAGUCAGACGGAGGCAACGGAGGAGACCAAGAGCCUCAUCCGACACCAAGUGUUGUCUCUCCUAAUGGCCCACAGGCCGCGGGAAGUGCUUUCCAAGGCCGAACGUGAUGCGCUUAGAGAACUGAAGGCCGACAAAGACUUGGUCAUCGCGCCAGCGGACAAGGGGCACUCCACGGUUGUGCUGGACAGGACAGAUUACCUUCAAAAAGCCAAAGGUUUACUGGUGGACCGACAGUUCUAUGUCCCAUGUGCAACAAACCCUGUAAAAGAGCUGACACGCGAAAUUAAUGCUACGUUGUUGGCCUUGGAGUACUCAGGUGCAAUAACACCGACCGACAGACGCAUGGCAAAACCCCAAGAUACGGCUUUGGCCCGAUUCUAUUGCCGCCCCAAGGUGCACAAAGACGGCGCUCCUCUCCGACCCAUCGUGUCGCUCAAAGGUACUCCAACGUACGGAUUGGCUAAGCGGCUGUUCCGGCGUCUCAAGUUCCUGACCGCUGAGUCAGACACCACGGUCUCUUCGUCAGCAGAAUUCCUGGAGUAACUCAAAGGGGUUAGCCUCCAUCCAAAUGAGGUCAUGGUAUCUUUUGAUGUUACAUCCCUCUUUUACUUCUAUUCCCCAGGACCUGGCGAUCGAGACAAUCGAGCUGCUUCUACAAAGUAAAUACGAUGAAACGGAGAAUCGUCUUGGACGCGCCCAAGUCCUUCAGCUCCUGAAGUUCUGUCUCAGGACGUACUUCACGUCCGACGAGGCAAUCUACGAACAGGUGAAGGGCACACCAAUCUGUUCGCCGAUUUCGGGAUUCAUCGCCGAGGCAGUCCUGCAACGGUUAGAGUCGCUGGUCUUCCAACACCACAAACCGAAGUUCUGGGCCCGGUAUGUGGAUGAUACCUUCGUCGUUAUCGACAGGGAUCAACUGCUGACAUUCAAGGAACGUCUGAAUGCGGUCUUCCCGGACAUACAAUUUACGAUGGAGGAGGAAAAGAACAACCAGCUAGCCUUCCUGGAUGUCCUCGUAUGCCGCAAAGAUUGUGGUCAACUAAAAACCAAAGUGUUCAGGAAAGCGACAAAUACGAUGCAAGUACUGAACUUCAACAACAACCACCCAAUCAGUCACAAACGCAGUUGUGUAAGGACGCUCUAUCGGCGUGUCGAAACGCACUGCAGUGAGCACGGCAGUGAGUCGGGAGCUGUUGGCGGCCUUCUCGCACCACUUGGGGUUGGAGUUGCACACAGACCGGAGGCAACCCUCAGGCGUCAGUUAAUUAAACCGAAAGACCCACUGCCACGGCAAGAAACAUCUGGAGUCGUUUAUCGGAUCUGA